AUGAGUGAGGAUAUAUUAAGUAAAAGCAAUAUGGGUGAAUAUGGAGAAGUACAUUUUCAUAUAGAUUUGUAAUUUAGGACUUUGAUCAACAACUCUAUGAAAGAUGUGAACAAUUUUGCUAAAAAUUGAGACGAACAAAUUAAUAACUCUAUAAGUUUGAAUUGAUAUCAAUUUUAGACAAUUUUCGAAUAUUGUUAAUUAAAAUACGAAAGCAGCUAAAGAGUAAUUGGGACAAAUGUUGAGUGAGGAACCCGAUUUAUUAAAGGAAGUAAAUGCGCUAUUGGAAGAUGAUGUCAAAUUCAAGACUCAGAAGGAGAAACUGACUGAAUUUAUCAACAAUGAGACUAGCAAACCCAAAGCUUUGGAGUCAAUUUUGAAAUAAAUAUAAAAUGGACAUUUAGAUGGACAUCAAAACAAAGACCAUAUCUUGGAAUUAUUCAGCAAUGAACCUCAAUUACAAUAACAAUUUUUGUAGAGUUUCAAAAAGAAGCAUGACCAAAUUCCCCCAAAAAAAAAAGUUGAAGAAAAUAGAAAUUACUUUUAAAAACUACUGGAUAAAAAUGGAGUUGUCGAUAUGGUAAGACUUACAUUUUUUAAAUUAGAAUGAAUUACUUUUUUGGGAUAAAUUUAGAAUGAGAGUCGUCUAGCAAUACCCCAAUGAUCAUUAACAAUUUAUGAAUGAAUUCAUGAAGAUUAUACAUCUAUAUUCCGAAUGCAUCAUCACUUAGAUGGAAGUGAUGGAAUUAAUCAAUCAACAACAAUGGUUAGAAACUGAAUACAUAGAUGAAAUUAGAUCCAUGUUGUCUACAAGGGUCAUUGCUCGAAGAAUACAAACUCCACUUUUUAAACCUCUAAAAGAUACUGAUUUUGCUUAGGUUGACAGGGUCACCAGAUCCUAUGUUCGAAUGCCUAUUGGUUAUGCAAAGGCUAACAAUAAUUCGGAGAUUCUCAAUCAUUCUUGGGUAUCAGUGCCAUUUGGUUCUGAGGACCAAUCAUUCUUAAUUAUGAGGAAAAACACCUUUGAAGAACAACUAUUUAAAAGUGAGGAUGAAAGAUUUGAAUUUGAUGUCAAUAUUUAAUAAAUUAAAAGAACCAUAAAUUUAUUGUAAGAGAUAAUCGACAGUAAUAAAGAAGAUCCAAUAUUGAUUGCUAAAGUAAUUGAUAUGAGAAUAUUGCAACAAUUAUAUAGAAAUUAAACUUAAGAUUAAAAUGAAGUCCUUUAGAUAUUUUAAACCAAACCUGCUGAAAGUGCUAAAAUCCUCAUUAAGAGAGUCAAAUAAAAAUUAAAUGAACUCAUUUCUGCUAGAAAUAAUAAGGCUAAAUAAAUUUGGGAAAAUGUCUCCCUCAACAACUUUCAUCGUUCCCUUGAUCAUAGAUCCUUUUACUUCAAAAAGAAUGAUAAAUUGGUCAUAAAUGGAUAAAGAUUUGCCAGGGAAAUCGAGGAAUAUGCCAAAAACAUCUUAAUUAAACAUCUAGGAACUAAAGAACAUGUUUUUGUUAAGAGAAAGCAAGACCAAAUACAAUACACUUUCGAAAACUCUUUUCUGAAUUCCCUUGCUUAGAUGACUAAUAUAAGGCCGAUUUUACCUAAAUAGAUGCCAUUAGUACCAGCUACUAAAGAAAAUAUCCGGUUUUUCCCUUUGAUUUCUCUAUGGAUGGGAAAUGAAUAAAUUUUAUAGGAAUGUGGUUAAUUUGUUAUUCAUUAUCUCCAAAUCAUGGGAGGCAACAAUUCUCUGGAUAAGAGAAACGGAACAUUUUUUAUGAUCAAAUUGAUCAACCAUUUCUUUUAAGUUUCCAUGAAACCAAUGCAAAUAUCCCAAUUGACAUUAAUAGAUACUAAAUUGAAAAAUGAAAUUUAAGAAUUAGAAAUUUAUGACAUUCAUUACAAUCCAGAGGAUGCCUCCACCUCUAUUCCAGAAAUAGAAAAUGAAUCCCCAGGCUUAUUCCUGAAUCUGCAACCAAAAGUAAAGUCAACCACAUAUGUGACCCAAAAUCUGUAUAUCCUAUUGAGAUUUUUGCAUACAAUAUAUCAAAGACUGGAGAUGGCUUAUGUGAUAAGUCAACAGAACAAGUUGGGACAAGAUAAGAGAUAUAACUUAUUCAAAUCUGCUCUAUUCCUUUCGUUAAAGGCCAAAGACUUUAAAUAUGAGGAUCAUUUACGAAGUUUGUUCGGAAAGCAUGUAGAUUGAUUUCUUAAUUAUGUUAGGGUUUUAUAUUUUCAACUUUGGAGAAGGUGUUCCAUGAUGCUGCAAAACAGUUGGCUAUUUGUGCUUCUGAUGUUGUGACAAUGUCAUUUUUUGAAAAAUCAGUUUCAGUGGAGGGAGACCUGGAUAAAUACUUUUAAGUUGUUUCCAGCAUUGUAAAUGGGGAAGGAAUUAAGGUUUCUGAUUUAGAAGCUUAGGUGUUUUGUAAGUUCUCGUAACUUCAGGAGGAGGAACAAUUAUUGAAAUUGCAUUAGGCAUUUUCUCAUCAUAAACCAGAAAAGAGGCCCAUCUAUAGAGUAAAUUGAUUGAUUAAAUGUAGAUUGCUUGUUGGCAUAGGGCUUGUUUUAUUUCAAUAUUACCAGCAUAUGGAGGAUGCAAUCAAGAGACAUGUAAAUCUUGUAAGUAACCUUUCUUAAUGAGGAACAUGAAAAGAGGUGAAAGACGUAUGAUGAUUACAAACAGUGUUGAAUGGAGUGUCGAUGAAUGUAGCCAUUUCAAACCAAUCAUUAAUUAAGGAGAAGACUAUUUAAAAUGUGUAUGAGUGUGAUCCUGAU